AUGGAUACCGAGGACAGUCCCGGCCACCGGACCAAGGAAUCCAGCAAGCGGCGCCGUCUCAAUUUUGCUUGCAAUUACUGCCGGAAUCGGAAGACACGCUGUGACGAGCAGCAGCCUUCAUGCCAAGCUUGCAUCUCUGCAGGAAUUCCUUGCGUUACCGAAGACAGACGCAGGCCGGGCAAACUCAUCAAGCGACGCGAGGCAGGCAAAUCAAUCGAUGGAUCAUCUGUUGGGUCUGGUAGUCCGUCAGAGUACGGAAUCCAUUCAGCCACCGAGAUUGCAACCACCCGGAGACCCUCAGUCGCGAAAGAGCAACAACCGACGCGUACCAUCUCUGUCGCGACGGGGCCGAUACGUGCAAGGUCGCAAAGUCCACGACAAUCACUCAGUAGAGAUUCUUCCCAUACCGACACCAUCAGUAAUCCACUACCAAUCCUCAAACAGAGUACAGGGACUACAUCUUUCCAGGUCUUGACUGAGUGGCUGGACCUCUCAUGUUUUCGGCUCAAUGUUCCCUACCAUUUCGGCACGUACCCACCUUCAACUCUGAAUCCAGCAUCGGGAUCAAGUGGGUUCUUGUCUCGGCAAAGUGUACCCCAGGCACCGGCAACUUGGGACUUUGAGGCCCUUUUCGAUGCGUACCAGCGCGAGAUUCAUACGUUUUAUCCUGUUGUAAGACUGGAUCUGGCAAGGAAUGAAGCCUUGCAAGCGCAGUCAAUACGUCUUGACAACUCAUCACUUCCUCUUGGAGACACUUCGUCUCUGAGAACAUGUCUGCUACUAGCGGCGGGUGGAUGUAUUCUUCAAUCGGCUGAACGCCAGUCUUACAUGACAGAAGCUCUUUCGCUUGCUCGUAACGCUCUGGGUUAUCUAAUCGGUAACGUUUCUUUCGAUACGAUUGAAGUUUUAUUUCUUUUCUCAAUAUGUCUUCGUCUUAACGAUGAAAUCACUGCGUCCUGGACGACAUUCGGUAUCUGUCUAUCGGUCGCCCACUCCCUCGGUCUCAAUCGACCCGGCCGUGACAGAAGAACCAACCCUCAUUCUUCUGCUAUAGACGCCUGGAGCCCAGCAUGGUGGGCUCUUUAUAGCUAUGAGAAGCUAUUCUCUUUCCAGCUAGGUUAUGUGUCCAGCAUCUCGGAUGAAACAUAUGAUGUCUUGGAUCUAGAAGCCUUGAAGACAACAAACCCCCAGCCACAGCAUUUUGUCUUGUCCAUGGCCAAGGUCUUUAGUAAGAUGAGCCAUCGAUGUGCAAGGGCACGACAGCUUGAAGAUACGGCGAAUCGCAAGACACUUGAGGCAGCCAUCAAGGACAAGGUCAAUGCAACCGGCGAAUCGUUUUUGAUGCUGUCGAACUGGGUGAACAGUCUCCCUGCUGGUCUGCGACCGACCUCGGACUUUAUGCGACUCCCAGAAGACCCAGCCCUGUCUUCCUUCAUCUCGCUUCAUUACCACAACGCUAUCCUUAUGCUCAACCGAAACUCUCUUCUUAUCAGCAAAGACGCUAUCCACAAAGCCGUCGAAGUUAUCGCCAAGGGAACAUCAUGGGAGUACACAAUCCGCAACGGUCAAUCCAUGGUUGCCAACUCAGCAAGAAAGAUCAUUCAUCUUCUUGCCGAUAAUGAUGACACAAUGUCUCAUUUGUUUGCGCCUUCUUACUUUCCACUUCUUCAUGCUCUUUACGUUUUGGCAGUGCAUAUACUGAAACAGCCGCAAUCGCGCAUUUCCAAAAUUGAUCAAAGCCUUCUCAUCACAGCAGCAGAUUUGAUCCGUUGUUACUGUGUCGGUCUGGCUGAAGCAGAUCGCCUGUCCACCGUUCUUAAUGGACUUAUCCGCGUUGUUCAAGAAGCGAUGAAACCAACGACAACCUCAACGGAGACCGAUCAAAAUAACCCAAACGCUACUUCAGGUCCAUGCUUCCCCCAACAAGAUGGGACGAAUUUGACGCAACAACCGAACAAUAUGAACUUUUCCCAAUCUUUAGAUCCAUCCGAUUCUUCCAUCUUGAAUCCGGUUGACUUAAACAUAGAUGGAGGCAUUUUGGACCCAUUUUCGGGGCAACCUUUUAACAUACCCAUGUUACCUGAUGAGAUUGGAUGCGACUGGGCUGAUUUUGAGAAUUUGUUGCAGAGAUUGGAGAAUGAGUCUGCUUUGUAUCCUACAGAAGAGGGUAUGAGCAUAGAACUCUAG